AACAUGGCGGCGUGGUGGUGAUACUAUUACUAUAAUUUAUAGUACUAUACUAUACUACUUAGAUCCCAUCUAAGGGAACAGGAGGUUUCCCCGAUAUAUCGAAUGGUGAUAAAUGAUAUUCAGGCUAGCAUCUGUAUUUAAUUAAAAUAGAUAUAUCAUAUUUCAAAUAUACGUACGAUGCUGAUUCGUAGCAUCGUAAUUCAGAACCAACACAAUGAAAUAAGAUUAUAGUGAAAUGUUCAAACAACAAGUGUCGCCGCGGAGCGUCCAUCCGUACCAGACGACGAUGGUGCCGCGAAGCGAACAGCAGUUCGUUUCUGCAGCUCAACAAAGGGCCAAGUUUCCUUGGGCGGAAGACAUCAACCCGCCCGUAUACCAAGUCGCGGGCACGGACAGCUCCACCUCAGAUACCGCUUACCAUGUUCCUCACUACUAUAAUGAAGAUAUAAGAGAGUAUGGUCCACCAUCACCUGUCUACCAAUCACCGUAUGGGGCUGGUACAUGGAGGAGCUACAAGAAAGGCGAGAAGCUCCCCAUGCACACUGCAGCCUCACAAGCAUACACCUUUCCCGAGUGUGCUUCAGCAUUCUCACUGCCAAUAUGUGAUAUGGAAAACCGUAUGAAGCCUCCUGGAAGGUCACCGGUGCCUCCUAUACCUUCAGCCAGCCCUGAACCCAUGAUUGGUGCAUGCGGUGGCCACUGUCCUGGAUUUGAAUAUGUGUGCUAUUAUAUUUUACAGGUGAUAUUUGUUGUAGGAAUAUUAACUGGGAUCUCAUUAUGUAUCGCUGGAAUUGUGUUAAGGCGUACCAACAGAAAUGGAGACUUAGGUGUCCUAGUUUAUAUAGGAUGCCUGUCUUCCUGUGUGUGCUGUGUGCUGCUCGGCGUACAGUGCUGCGUUCGGCGCGAGAUCCGGCAACGUAAGCUGCGCACCAACGUGCACAUACCCUUACAGCCCAUACAGGAAGCGCCAGCACCAGCUUGUCCAUUAUUGUCAUCUACACUACCUCAUAGCCAAGUAUAUAGACCAACUGCCAUUCUUUGCCAAGAAGAAGAUGUGACUGGAAUUCCCUGGUGGCGCAGAACUACAAGAGACUGAAUAGGUUUAAGUUUAUUUACCUUAGUGUAUAUGAAAUUAUAUUUUGUGUAACAUUUAAGCUAAACUAAUUGUUUUUUUAUAUAUAAGAAUGUUGGAAUGACAUUGAAAUCAAAUAAUAAAAUCAUAUUUCUCACCUCA